CGUGAAAGAUCAGGAGGCUGGCACGUGAACGCCAGGCUGGCUAUGAGGGAGUGACUGCAACUCCUGCAAGUGAUAAAGCGCAUCUGUAGUGCACGGGCGCUGGGAAUGGGAUAGCAGGAGGGACGGAGCAGGGCCCCCUAGGCGGUACUUGUCCUCUGUCCCCGUAAGGACAGGGCUCCUGGGACAGAGCUCUUAUCCGCAAAGCUGGCCGGCGCCUUUUCCCGCGCUGGGCUUUUUCUCAAAUAGAGGAUUUCUUGGUGCAUAGACUAACGUUUUCAAGCGUUCAAGCUUCUAUCUGGGCAUUGGAACCUGGCCUAUUUGGAUUUGGCCUUGACAGAUUAGCUUCCCUAUGUCUUCCGAUGUUCUACCCAGCAAAUGAACUGAAAUCACUGAAGCCUGAUUCAAAGAGCAACUUCAAAAGCCUUAAAAGGAGUGUGUGUGUGUGCCUGUCAUAAUCCUCAGUCAACUUUGUUUCAAGGAGGAGGUAAAGAACCCUUUCAGCCUCCCUCAGCUCUUUACAUCAUGUUUACGUGGCCUUUGGCUGACAUGCUACCCUGAGUGCUGGUGUGUUUUCUGGACAAUUCUGGCUAAGACGGGUCGCUGAUUGGCCGUGGGGAGGCGGAAGCGAGGGCGGGCGCUCCGUCUCCGUUGCCGCAGUGACAGGACCAGAGUGCUCCUAGGAGCUGGGAAAUGGCGGCGGCAUCGUCGUCGCGUCGCUCGCAGCAGCAUCAUCACCCUCACCCUCCGUCUCACCACCCCGUCCCGACUUCCGUGUCGCCGCCACAGAGCCCCAGCCUUUCCUCCAUCGGAGCUUCGCCUCAGCAGAGGCCCAGCCUGGCCGGACCUGAGGGCGAGUCUCCCGCGAACGGCGGCCGGGAGGCGACGGUAGCAGCAGAGAGGCCUUUCUCUCCGGAGAGUGCCUGCGAGAGUGCCGGGCCUCCCCCGCCGCCGGGCUCUGGAGCUAACAGCGCCACCGCCAGUAGCAGCAGUAGCAGCAGCUCCGGCUCUUCGUCGUCUUCGUCCUCCUCAGCUGCCUCCAGCCCGGCCGCCGCGGAGAGCCCGGACCCGCCUCCUCCGCCGUUGCAGCCGCCACCUCCGCCCGUGGGAAGCGGCACUUUUCGGGAGCUGCUGGAAGCCUGCCGCAAUGGGGACGUGACCCGGGUCAGGCGCCUGGUGGAUGCGACCAACGUCAAUGCCAAGGAUAUGGCCGGGCGGAAAUCCACCCCUUUGCACUUUGCAGCAGGUUUUGGAAGAAAGGAUGUAGUGGAACACUUAUUACAGACAGGAGCCAAUGUCCAUGCUCGUGAUGAUGGUGGAUUGAUACCUCUUCAUAAUGCCUGUUCAUUCGGUCAUGCUGAGGUAGUUAGCCUCUUGCUGUGUCAGGGUGCAGAUCCAAAUGCCAGAGACAACUGGAAUUAUACCCCUCUGCAUGAAGCUGGUAUCAAAGGCAAGAUAGAUGUGUGUAUUGUGCUGCUGCAGCAUGGAGCUGAUCCAAAUAUUCGAAACACAGAUGGAAAGUCAGCCUUGGAUCUUGCAGAUCCUUCUGCAAAAGCUGUACUUACAGGUGAAUACAAGAAGGACGAACUCCUGGAAGCUGCUAGGAGUGGUAAUGAAGAAAAAUUAAUGGCUUUGUUGACACCUUUAAAUGUGAACUGCCAUGCAAGUGAUGGGCGAAAAUCUACUCCAUUACAUUUGGCUGCAGGAUACAACAGAGUUCGGAUAGUUCAGCUUUUGCUUCAGCAUGGUGCUGAUGUCCAUGCAAAGGAUAAGGGUGGACUUGUGCCCCUCCACAAUGCAUGUUCCUAUGGACAUUAUGAAGUUACAGAACUGCUGUUGAAGCAUGGAGCCUGUGUUAAUGCAAUGGAUCUCUGGCAGUUUACUCCAUUACAUGAAGCUGCUUCGAAGAAUCGUGUGGAAGUUUGUUCUUUGUUACUCAGUCAUGGUGCUGAUCCAACAUUAGUCAACUGUCAUGGCAAGAGUGCCGUUGACAUGGCCCCAACGCCUGAACUGAAAGAGAGGCUAACCUAUGAAUUUAAAGGACAUUCUUUACUACAAGCAGCAAGAGAAGCUGACUUAGCCAAAGUAAAGAAAACGCUUGCUUUGGAGGUCAUUAAUUUCAAGCAGCCACAGUCCCAUGAGACAGCACUGCACUGUGCUGUGGCUUCUCUUCACCCCAAACGGAAGCAAGUCACUGAGUUACUGCUUCGGAAAGGAGCCAACGUCAAUGAGAAAAACAAAGAUUUCAUGACACCUCUGCAUGUUGCUGCUGAACGAGCUCACAAUGAUGUUAUGGAGGUUCUUCACAAACAUGGAGCAAAGAUGAAUGCAUUAGACACACUUGGACAAACAGCUUUGCAUAGGGCUGCUUUGGCAGGACACCUGCAGACUUGUCGCCUCCUCCUGAAUUAUGGUUCUGACCCCUCCAUAAUCUCCUUACAAGGUUUCACAGCAGCACAGAUGGGCAACGAAGCAGUGCAGCAGAUACUGAACGAGAGCACCCCUGUUCACACAUCUGAUGUGGAUUAUAGACUGUUGGAAGCCUCUAAAGCUGGAGACUUGGAAACUGUGAAGCAACUUUGCAGUCCUCAGAAUGUGAACUGCAGGGAUUUGGAGGGGCGUCAUUCAACUCCGUUGCACUUCGCUGCAGGUUAUAACCGAGUAUCAGUAGUGGAGUACUUGCUUCAUCAUGGAGCAGAUGUGCAUGCGAAGGAUAAAGGUGGCUUAGUACCCCUGCAUAAUGCCUGUUCAUAUGGACACUACGAAGUUGCAGAGUUAUUGGUGAGACAUGGGGCUUCUGUCAAUGUUGCAGACCUGUGGAAGUUCACUCCACUACAUGAAGCAGCAGCAAAGGGAAAAUAUGAAAUCUGCAAGCUCCUUUUGAAACAUGGAGCAGAUCCAACAAAAAAGAACAGAGAUGGCAACACACCUCUAGACCUUGUGAAAGAGGGAGACACAGAUAUACAGGACCUGCUGCGAGGUGAUGCUGCCUUGCUGGAUGCUGCCAAAAAGGGCUGCCUGGCCCGAGUUCAGAAAUUGUGUUCUCCAGAAAACAUCAAUUGCCGAGAUACCCAGGGACGAAACUCAACCCCGCUGCAUCUUGCUGCUGGAUACAAUAAUUUGGAAGUUGCUGAAUAUCUGCUGGAGCAUGGUGCUGAUGUCAAUGCUCAAGACAAAGGAGGAUUAAUUCCUCUACAUAAUGCAGCAUCCUAUGGGCAUGUGGAUAUAGCAGCUUUGUUGAUUAAAUACAAUACCUGUGUAAAUGCUACGGAUAAAUGGGCAUUUACACCAUUGCAUGAAGCAGCACAAAAAGGAAGAACACAGCUCUGUGCUCUACUUCUAGCUCAUGGAGCAGAUCCAACAAUGAAAAACCAAGAAGGCCAAACACCGUUGGAUCUGGCUACAGCUGAUGAUAUUCGAGCCUUGCUGAUUGACGCAAUGCCUCCAGAGGCCCUGCCAACCUGCUUUAAACCUCAAGCUACUGUAGUUAGUGCCUCUAUCAUUUCACCAGCAUCAACUCCAUCCUGUCUCUCUGCUGCCAGCAGCAUAGAUAAUCUUGCAGGACCUUUGGCAGAAAUUGCGGUAGGAGGGGCAUCCAAUGCUGGUGACGGAGCAACAGGAACAGAAAGGAAGGAAGGAGAAGUUGUUGGACUUGACAUGAACAUCAGUCAGUUCCUAAAGAGUCUUGGUCUGGAACAUCUUCGGGAUAUUUUUGAAACAGAACAGAUUACUUUGGAUGUACUGGCAGACAUGGGACAUGAAGAGUUGAAAGAAAUUGGCAUCAAUGCUUAUGGGCAUCGUCAUAAGUUAAUAAAAGGCGUAGAAAGACUUCUAGGUGGGCAGCAAGGCACCAAUCCUUAUUUGGCUUUUCACUGUGUCACCCAGGGAACUAUUCUUAUAGAUCUUGCUCCUGAUGACAAAGAAUAUCAAUCUGUAGAAGAAGAGAUGCAGAGUACUAUCAGGGAACACAGAGAUGGUGGUAAUGCUGGGGGGAUCUUCAACAGGUAUAAUGUGAUCCGGAUUCAAAAGGUUGUUAAUAAGAAACUGAGGGAGAGAUUCUGUCAUAGGCAGAAAGAAGUCUCAGAAGAAAACCAUAACCAUCACAAUGAACGCAUGUUGUUUCAUGGGUCCCCUUUUAUUAAUGCUAUUAUUCACAAAGGAUUUGAUGAAAGGCAUGCAUACAUUGGAGGCAUGUUUGGAGCUGGAAUUUACUUUGCAGAAAACUCCUCUAAAAGUAACCAAUAUGUAUAUGGAAUAGGUGGAGGCACAGGUUGCCCCCCCCACAAAGACAGAUCCUGCUACGUCUGCCACAGACAAAUGCUUUUCUGUCGGGUGACACUGGGGAAAUCCUUUUUACAGUUUAGCACCAUGAAAAUGGCCCAUGCUCCUCCUGGGCAUCAUUCUGUCAUUGGCAGACCAAGCGUAAAUGGACUUGCGUAUGCUGAGUAUGUUAUCUACAGAGGAGAACAGGCUUAUCCUGAGUAUCUGAUUACAUACCAAAUUGUAAAACCAGAUACUCCCUCACAGACAACAACGGCCACAGAGCAGAAGACCUAGUAAACACUAGUUUGGUGAAACAAAUCACAAGACUUAAAUAACUUAUGGACUGGAUGGAUGACAUUAGUUUCAAAGCAUCAACGUUGUAUGAAAUUCUUGUCACUCUGGAACUAAGCUGUAUGUGUUUUAUAAAGUAUUGCUCUAUAAACAGAUAGGAGUAAAUGAUACGUACUCAAUUCCUACUAUUCCUUUUGAGGAAAUGUUUACAAAGGUUUGCCUUUUAACAACAUAUCUCAGGCUCACUUUCCCUGCAGUUGCCAUGUGUGUAACGACAUCAUUGCUUCAACCUGGGUGCUUGGGAACAUUAUUUAACAAGCAGGGCUUUGUCAAGACCAUAUUUUUAAAAGUAAAUUCUAAUGCCACUGCUCUGUUUACGUGAUGCAUAUAGCUUGUAUUGAACCCAUGCCACCUUCUCAGCGUUCAAAGUUGGUUGUCUUUUUAAAAAGUCCUUAGCUGACUAUUUAUUUUACUUUUUUUUUCUUGUAUUACAAAAAUGAGCCAGGCCCUUCUUGAGGAUAUUUUUGCACAAAGUCAAGUUGACUAAAAUCAAUUAACAAUGCAAUAGGAAUUUCUCAUCCAAGAAGGUGUUAGAGAUCUAGUUCUUUGGUCUGGGAUUCUUUUUGCACUUUUUAUGAACUCUUUUGUGUUGCUAGAAGCAAAUUUUAGGGUAGAAAUUCAUCCUUUGGCCCUGCUGAGUUCCUUUGUCUCUAAGAGGAGUUCAUACUAGUAUUCAUGUAGCAACCUCAUUUUUAAAAAUGCCUCUGUCCUUGAAAUGUAUGCACACUUUGAUAGGAGUGACAUGAAUGAAUAAAUCUGCCAGAGAAACCUGUGUUUAAUGGCAUGUUUGGUCAUGACUUUCUCUUUGGGAAGAGAUCAGGAAUGGGCCUUGAGUUCAGAUAGUCCCCUGUCUGCUCCUUCUGCCACCCUCCUUAUCUCCCUCCCACAAGAAGUGAGCAAGUAAAUGAAAGCCUCUGUGGUUGAUUGACCUGGAUGUCUUAUUUAGUUCUCUCCAUGAUAAUGAGCCAGAGGGGGAGGGAAAGCAUAAGCCAGGAGACCACUCCCAAUUUAUCAUUGGGUACAAUCCCAAAGAGAAAAUCUUUCCCAUGCAGGGGCUCAUAGAAUGUGGAAGCUGCCCUUAAACUUACAACCAGAAGAAUUUUUAAAAUAUUAUAUUGCAUACAGUCUCAGUCAUGUGCUGUAUCAGCAACUGCCUACUGAACUGACAUGCAAAAUGGUUUUUAAACACCAAUUGAUCAAGGAGUGUAUUUGCAUUUAUCUUAUCCCAGAAAGUUAUUUUCUGUCAAUUAAAUUUGUCCCUAUAAAUCUUGUUUGCAUGUGAAGAAGCCUCUUUUCUAUGAACAUCUGUAUAAUAUCAGAGGUCUAACAAUAAAAAGUAGAUUUUCCAAGAGAAACAACUUUUUUUUUUUACAAGCAAUAGCUUUAGGGGGAAAAGUAAGAAGUUGAAAGUAGCAAUAGAGAUGUAUAAAUAGAAUAUAUGGAUAUGUAACAAGGAAAGUUUGCAAUGUAGAAAUAUCACCUUGUAAAAUCUUUAAUCUGAGGUCAGCAGCCAAAGAAGGUUAAAUUGCUCAAAUAACAGUUCUUCCAUUAAAGGUAUUUUAUUCCUUUAGAAUAACAACAGCAGACUGUUGCAAUUAUUUUGCAAAAUAUACUGGCAUCUGCUUGGAAAUAAUGACAAAAUCUUAUCUGCUGACACAGCAAGCACAAAAACAAAAUCCAAAUAACUUUUUUGGAAAAAUCAUGUAGACGUUGACAUUUGUCAAGCUCAGUACUUGAUUCAGACCAGCUAAAUGUCUUCUAAUGUUGGAGAGACCAGGUGAAGCAAGCUUUGAUAGCUGUGAACCUUUUCUUAUUGCUUCUGCUGUUCAUGGGCACUGAAGUGUGGUUGGGUUUGUUGGCUUAAGAUGUAGAACUGGAGGCCAAUAGUUUUUCCUUUAAAUAAGAAUGUGUCUUGGGGCUUCAUUCACUGUUAGAUGAACAUUCAUAUUGGAAUUUCUGCUUUUAAACAUAGCUAGAAGGAUGUGCAAACUGCAUUGCAAGUUGAAAGCUAUGUUCUGCCAGCUUCAUGUAAAUGUUAACUGGAACCCAGCUGUUCUUCAUAGUUAAGUCAGAUGGUUAACAUGGAUGUGGAAGUUGAGUGUUUCUCUCAGGAGAGAGAACUCUUGAUUCUGUGGUUGUCUUUUUCCUCUAGUUUGCUAGUUGAACUAAUGGAUGUUUUAGAUUUCAUCUUGAGUCCUAACUCCCAGAAUCUCAAACUGUGGCCCUGAUCUUUUAAACUGCCUGUGUUUUGUAACUGAUUUUUUGUGCAGAGUAAAAGGUGCUGUGCAAGGAAUUCCAUUUGCAGUGGCUUUUGUCUUGUAGUAGCGUAAUUCUGUUAACUCUUUCCUGGUCAGACCUUGAAAAAUAUGCAUGCAAGUUUGCCCAAGUUUUCAGAGAUCCCAAAGCCUAACAUGGGUAGCCUUAAAAGAAGAAUGAAAUGUAAAUCUAGUGUUUACCGUCCUUCAGAGUAACACGAUAGCCACCUCUCUUUGAUAAUAGGUGAUGUUAUUCAAAAGAAAUCACACCCUUGGUUCCUAAACACUCUUAUGCAGUGGAACCUUAUAGCAUGGUUCAUUGUGCUGCAGAUUCUUAUAUACCAUGGGUAUGACGAUGUUCCCGAGUACAGUACUGUAUACAGUACUACAGCUUUUGUUAUAACACGGAACCCCUAUAACAGGGGUGCUUGUCCCCAACCCCUGUGUUAUAAUAAUUACUUCAAUAGAACUCACUUGUUCAGGGGAGAAAACCUGGUAAAAAUGUUGGGCGUAAGCACACCCCUUUCCCUACCUGUGAGCUCAAAGAAACAAGAGUUUUGUUGUUUUUAAAUAAAUAACAGUCUUUCCUUGGACAUCUGGUGGGGAAAAAAUCAAUUUUUCCCCAGUGACAGAUCAAAUAGUUAAGAUGAUGCCAUCAACAUUGUAGUCCCAGUUCACUUGUUAGUUUUGCCCAGCCCUGGGAAUGAGAGCUAAUGGUGCAUAAGAGCCAAGCCUGUUCACUGGGUAGAAAGAUCUCCAAAUUUAAAGUUAACAGACCUCAAUCACAACCUUAGAAACACAAUGUUGAACAUUCGUUGUAUUAUCUGAGUGGGCCUGGUUUAGUGCUUAUCAUUUUUGAAAAACUACAAUUGAUAAUACAGAUAUAUUGGUCAGUUGUGCUAUGUAACACCAAACCCAUGUUUGCCCUUAAUUAAGCAUACACUUUUGACAGGGAGCCAUAGUAAAUUCCAGAUCCCUGGUAAGUGUAUUUAUAUGAUGCAUGUCUUUGCAAACAAGACAUGUGUCACAUUGCAGUUUGUAUGUUUAGGUAUGUGCAGAUGUAAAUGGUGUGAAGAAGCCUAUGGCUCACAUACUUUGGACUCAAAUGGGGUUGAAAAUGUGUUGUUUUUGGACGCCCAAAUUGCACAAUUUCUGUGUUUGGUAUGUUGUUGCUGCGCCAACAAGACUAAUUUGUUUGCCAAGAUGUAGAUUUGCAAGCAGCAAAAUAUAUGUAGGAUUUGCUUUUUAUUAAAUGUCACCUUGAUUACUCAGUAGAAAGGAGAUGUAUUUAUAAAUUUGCAUUAUAAAUUUGGGUCCAUCUAUCUGCCAGGAUACUCAGUUAAGGUCUGUUGUUAAUCUGUUUAAUUUAGUAGUAUAUUUGGCAUUCUUCCUUUUAAUAUUUUAUUCAAUUAUUACUGGAAAUCAAAAACUCAUAUUUGUGUGGCUGAUGGAUAUCUACAACAGACAGGAGCAAGAUAACAAUCUAGUGGUUGGAGUUUAUUACAAAUGCAGUAUAAAAACAUAAAAUUAAGCAGAUAUGGUACCUUUUGAACUCUUAAGGGUUAGUUCACAUUUAAGUCGUCCCCUCAGCAUGGGCAGAGACCACUCCAGUCUCCAUCACAUGGAAGUCUUAUAUUUGAACUUGAGGGCAAUAUUUAUGGUUGUUGCAAUUUAUGUUACAUAUUGUGUCACAAAGCUGCUGUGAGUGCUGUCAGCAGACUUCCCUUGCCUGCUCCCAAGACGCUUGUGUGUGGGCUGCUUUGUAAGUGUGAACAGAGCCAAUUAAAUUGUUGGUUGAUGGCUGUCACAUUUUGUACCGCUUUCGCUUGCAGCUCCUCUCCUCUUGAAGUUGGUUAUCAAACCUUACAAUGGCCAUAUGAAUAUGGGCUCUGGUGUUUCCAUACCCUUCAUCUGAUUUUCCAACAGUCAAAGUAUUUCCCUUUCCCCAAUUCUGUGUCCAUCUAAACAGGAUUAAAAAUCUUGCAUGCAAGAGGAACGUAUCUGUAGUUAUUGCUGCAACAUCCAGUCUCAGUGCCAUAAGCCUUUAGCUGUUCUCAACGGAACUAUUUGGUUUUCUCACAUGUGUAGAAAUGGCUCCCCAGGAUUGCAACUAAUAGGUGCAAGGUUGAAUGUAUUCUGCAAUUCUUAAGCAGCAUGGGAAAAGUGCAGAAGUUGGCCAUUGGACUCUGCUUCCUGCUAUUCUUUUUCACUAAAACACCAUUUCCUGGUCCUUAUAGCAUGUGGGCAAUGACCCCUGCUGAAAUCUUAAAUACAAAGUUUUGAAUAAAACUUCCAUGGGUUGAGGAUGGGGCUUCAAUACCCUUCAUAGCUCUUACUACAAAACUAGAAUAAAUUAUGCAAAAUUAUAGAAUAAAAGUGUUGAUUGAUGAUGGGAAAUAAAAUCAUGCAUAUUUGCUUAAUGCAUAAUUUAGACAAGUUUCAGCAAUUGGGUGCAGAAUUUUCAUUUUUUUCAGAGUAGAAUUGCAUUCAAGUUUCCAUUGUGCCUGCUUAAGUGUUUGGUGGAGUACUGUCGCAGAGGACAGUAGUAUUUUCCUCAUCCUGUCUUCAUGGUCCUUAUGGUUUGUGGCUAGGAAGUGGAGAAAAAUGACUAAUCAUGCAUCUAAACUGAAAUGUGUCUGUGGCAGUGAAUACUCAUUUGACCGUUUGUAGCUUGUUCAUCAAUCUCAAGGUUAGUUUUAUGGAUUUGCUGGUUCAGUUAAAGUUAUACUGGUAAAAGGUUUAAGGCUGCCUGUUACAAUGGAACCUGUUUUUUAUUUGCAAUAUCUGCAAAACGUCUAGCAGGUUUUUAGAAUUGGCAACUGUUUGCAGUAGCAAUCAACCUGUGUAUACAACCCUAACCAUUUUUGACACCUAGUUAUUUCCGUAGGCACUACCAACUACUAGCUUUGCAUUUUUUAAAAAAAUCUUAUAUAACUUGCUUGCAUAGCUAGCUUUGUGUUCUUGAUACCUGUUGGCCAUAGAAGGACAUAUGAAAUCCCAAUAUGGCCUUUCAUUGUCUGUGACCUGGAACUGGGAUGUUUAUUUCCUUCCUCUGCUAAAAGAGGGUGUUAUAAGUCUCCUAACCAAUGUGAUGGGAUUUUACAUAAAGCCAAUGUAAUAACUUAGAUCUUAUUGUGCUUUAACUUAACGUCUGACCUGUAAGUACUUGUGACAGAUUUAAGAUUCAAUAAACACUCUUUUUUAACACUU